AUGAGUAAGCGAAGUGCCCUCGAAGAGGCGCCUGGGACGCCUUCAGCCAAGAAGCUUCAUUCCGAUGAUUCAGAUGAUUUGUACAUUGAUGACCCCGAAGACGAUGUCACGACUGCCCAUACUCCCGCGUCAAUGUACGAACCCGAUUCGCCUCAGACAGUCAACACUGCCGCCACGACUCCGAGACACAAGUUUCCCUCAGAUCUCAAAACCCUUGCUUGCACAUGGCCUGGCUGUCCCAAAACUUUCAAUCGACCUGCCAGACUAAGAGACCACCUCAACUCCCACACCAAUUCCCGACCAUUCAAGUGCCAAUACCAUGGCUGUGACAAGGAUUACAUCGAGGACAAGCAUCUAAAGCAACACAUCAAAGCCGUCCACACUCUCGAACGCAAACAUGUCUGUCCCAAGGAAGGUUGUGGCAAGAGCUUCGUCACUGGCACAAGACUCAAGCGUCACCAGGCCGUCCACGAAGGCGAGGAAAGGUUCCGCUGUCAAGAUUGCGGCCAGAGCUUCAGGAAGAAGGAGACACUGAACAAGCACGUCCGCAAAGAUCACCAAGGCCUACCAGCGCUCCAAUGUCCUGAAGAAGGCUGUCCAAGAGCCUUUGAUUCCAAAGCAACCCUCAAACGACACCGUGAGAGAGAGCACGGCGAGGCCAAGUUUUGGUGCGGCGAGUGUGGACUCAAGAAGAUGCCCAAUGGCACCGAGGAGCGUGUGGGAUUCACAACCGAGGUGCUUCUCCAGGCCCAUAUCCGCCAAGAGCACCAGAACUGCCUGUUCUGCGAUUUCAAGUCUGGCACACGCUGGGAGUUGGAGAAGCAUGUGGAAAUGUACCACUCUGGUCAGACGGUCGAGGACCGGAAGACGAUCGCAUGCCCCUACGCCGAGUGCAAAAAGAAGUUUACCAAGAAAUCCAAUCUCAACGCCCAUAUCCGAACCGCACACGAAGGCUUCCGCUUUGUCUGCGGUGAGGUGGAUCUCAGCAGCGCAGGGCUACAGGGCUGGACGAACGACCAAGGCUGCGGCGAUAAGUUCAGCACCAAGGUUCGCCUUGAAGAUCACAUCCGCUACAAGCAUCUCGGCCUAGAACGACCUAAGCUUUCUAAGCCUGGGCCUUCUCACCAACAAGUCGACCUCAUCGAUGAACUGUCAGGCGCUGCUAACCAAGCAGAGCGCAAGAUUGUCUGCCCUCAGUGCAACGAGGCCUUUAUCCGAUAUCACGACCUCGAUGUGCACGUUGAAGCCUAUCAUGGCGCACCAUCGCAAGCUGAUCCCGCCAUGUUCCUGUCCGAUAACCAGUUCGAUGCCAACUCGAUACCCUUUGGUAGCUUCCCCGGAACUCCGGCUUGGCCCGGUGCUACGCAGGAGGAUUACAUCUUUGCUGCCCAGAUGGACUAUGACACUCCCCAUGACGAAUGGCCCGAAGACGAGGCCAACAUUCUCCUCCUGGCCCGCGAUCCCCAGACACAAGAACCCUUGAUAGAUCCAGCCCUCGGCACUCUCUAG